GCACGGUGGUGGUGCCAGGGGCGCCGCCUGCCGCAGAGGCGCCCGGCAGCGGCGCCUGCUCCGCCCUCUUCGAACGCGCCGUGGCCCGCGUGGAGGCGAAGGGCGCCGUCUCGUUCAGCGCCGCGCGGUUCACCGUCACGCCCGGGGGGAUCCUGGUGCGCGACCUGGUCCCCCAGCCGGGCGGCCUGGGUCUGCGGCUGCGCUGGAGCUUCAGCGUCGAGCCGCCGGGGCUCGCCGUGCCCCCCAUGCUGUGCUACCAGCUCCGCUGCUUCCCGCAGACGGGCCCCAUGUGGGAGCUGCCGCCCGCCGUGCUCGCAAGGCGCGCCGCGGGCGAGGAGGGCGGCGAGGAGGGCGGGGCCGGCUUCUCGCUCGACGAGGAGGUCAAGGAGUACCGCGGGACUAUGCAGCACUCUGCAGUGGCGGAGGCCGGGCUGGACGCCGCGGCCCUCGCUACGCAGGCCGGCAGCAAGCCGCUGCGCUUCGCGGUUCGCGUGGGCGAUCCGGCCGCGGGCCUCUGGAGCGAGUGGUCCGAAGGUCUGGGCGAUUUUGACGUUUGCAGCCCAACCUGCGCACUGGCGGCCGCAGCCGCAGCCCGCGCCCUCUGCAAGACCUUGGGGGGCCCCGACGGGAUUCUGCUAUUGUGA